AUGCUGCCAAUGAGUGCAUGUGGAAGCGCGGAUUGCUCGCGCUUCCACAGUCGCUUUGUCCGACCUCGCCGGGUCCCCGCUAGACUCCCUCUGGCAAGCGGCCAAGGGCCGCUUGCUGUGACCAAACAGGCAGAGUCCAAAGCGAAGUGGCACUCGACGUGGACCAGCACUUGCUUUAGGUCGGCUAUUGGAGCAGCCGGCGCCGGUUGCACUGCCAUAUCUCGACACUCUCGUGGCCACUCGGACUCUGGCGACCUUCCUGGAGGCUCAAGCCAGCGGCAAGAAAGCCGAAGCUCUCCCUUAACAAGUCGAGUUCCUGUCGCACACGACGGGCAUUCGGAUGUAGCACGACGUGCCAUCGACAGCACAGUACUAACCAAAGUCGAGACCGAGGUUUUGCGUCCACUCCCGCCAAAGGUGGAGAACCGCGUUGCCGAGCUUGACAAUGGGCCUUUUGCAAACCCAGCUGCACUGGAGAACGAGGCAUUCUACUUGCCAGCAGUGCACUGCGAAACUGGUGAUAGAUCUGUAUAUGACCGGCUGAUGUCUGAACUGGACUUCAAAGACUGCUGGCUAGACACGGGCAUGAAAUUUUCUCGGCAGAUCUGCAUUGGGGACGAGGAGCUUCUUGCAAGAGCCCCCACUUACAGAGCAAUCGUAGAAAGGGUUACGCAGAUUUUUGGAGUUAGGGCUGUGCGCACACUGGUUAAUUUGUACCGGGAUGGCACAGACUGGUGCAAUCUACACUCUGAUCAGUACCACCAGGGUGGUUAUCCAAUUGACCUCACAGUAGGGUCCACUUUUGGAGACCCUCGGCGGCUCAUCUGGGUGGAGAAGAAGAACCCACGGCACAAGAUUGAAAUGCCCCAGUUGAACGGUGAUGUCUUUGCUUUUUCUGAUGCGAUUAACACCACAUGGAGGCACAUGAUUCCACAAGAAGGCCCGGAAUGCGGUCCUCGAAUCUCUGUGAUUGUGUGGUGCAACAGGGAGAAGGAUGGUGGCCACUGGAUGGGAUCUUUGGGUGCUUUCCCGCACAUGCUUCACCAGAAUCCCAAAAGCAACGGUAGGGAUUACGAGGCUCGCCCAGGACAUUUUCCAAGGCGUGACAAGGGUAAGGGUGAAGGCAAGGGCCUUGGCAAAGGCAGAGGUAAAGGUUCUGGAAAAGGCCUACAGCGAUCAGCCAGCGCCGAGACCUUUGAGCCUGUCUUGCCACCACUUCCCGAUGCUGAGCUGGAAGAGGCGGUGCUGAGCGCGCAGAAAGCCCUUACACUGCAAGGCGCACAGCAAGUCUAUGCAAUCUUGAGGGGCAUCAAGCUUCUUGAGAACCGUACCUGGGCAAUCCCACCUGGCUGGUACGCGCUUCACGCCGGCGCCCAGCUGAUCAACGAAGAGCGAAGGCAGCGCACCCUCGAAGCUUGGCCUGAGGCACCGCAGGAAGAAGAUUUGCCCCACCGAGCGAUCGCUGGCCUUUUCUUUGUGCAGGAGAACAGAGCACCCGAAGACUGCAAGCCAAACUACAUCUGGGCUCGCGGUCCCGUUUGCAAUGUCAUCUCCAAGGCCAUUGAGUUCCAGCGGCCGAUCCCCUGCCGGGGCGACCGUGGACUGUGGGACCUGGGUAACCUCAAGCACCGCAUCCGCAGAGAGCUCCUCAGGUCUGGAUCGCAGGUCCAAGUCAAGCGCUUUGACUUGACGCCAGCACUGGGGGCGUAG